CUUGACUUGUUUACAAUAUAUACUUUUAUGAUAUAAAGACUAACUAAAACCCAUACUAGCUACUAAACUUGCGCAUAUCGUAACAUAAUAAACGAAACCUGGAACUAAUCUCUUCCUCUUUCUGUCUCUCUAGUCUCUACAUACACAGUGGUUGUAAUAAUAUAUAUAUAUAUAUAUCUGAGCAGAUCUCAUCAGUCUCUUAAUUUCUCUCACCGGAAACUAUGGGAGUUGGCGGAGAAGAAAGCACAAAGCCUAUUUGGGGUAGCGUGAGCCACGGCGUCGCGCCUUCUUCACACUACGCUCUCAACGGCAAAAUCAUGCUCUCCUCCGCUAUCGUCCUCUUCUUCGCCGUUAUUAUGAUCCUCUGUUUCCACACCUACGCCCGGUGGCUAUUCCUUCGCCAGAACCGUCGCAUUCGCCGCCGUAUUCGUGCUCACCUCCGCACUCUCUCCGCCUCCCCCCGUGACCAAGCUCUCGACCCGGAGGUUCUCGAAAAGAUCCCGAUCUUCGUUUACGCCUCCAAGACUCAACAACCACCAGUAGAGUCAGAGAAGGAGGAGGAGUGCUCCGUGUGCUUAUCGGAGUUCGAGGAAGGAGAAGAAGGCCGUCUUCUCCCUAAAUGUGGCCACUCUUUUCACGUCGGCUGCAUCGACACUUGGUUCCGCUCCAGCUCCACUUGCCCGCUUUGCAGAGCUCCGGUUCAAACCGGUUCUUCUUUCUCUCCGUUGAGGUUUCCGAUGGAGGCUUGCGAGAGAGAACCCAUUGAUCUCGUCGGUGUCACGGUGGAGCUUCCCAGACCAUUUGAAUCUCAUUCCUCCAUUCCGGUUCUACCCAACCCAAACCGAUCCAAAUUCCCGGUUUUGUCUUUCAAAAGAUAUUUUAUUCCCGGGUAAAAGUAAUUAACUCAUCAUCUGUUGUUUCAAAAAGAAAUUAACACGUGGCACUUAUCAGUACACGUGGCCGUUAAGUAAAUCCUGCAGAUCUCAUCUACAAUGUAUUUAUCACAGCGAGAUCGUUUUGAUGAUCGCAGGACCAGAAUUGCUUAUUAUACUAUUAUGUUUAUUUUGUUAUUAAUCAGUUUGGUAACCACUUUGAAUUUGAUUA